GGGUGGGGGUUGUCGAACGACACUGCUUAUCAAGUCAUUCCGCCAGGCGCGCGCGCGGUUAAUGAAAAUGCUAAUUGGUAGUUGAAGUCUGUUUUAAUUCCCAGGAGCAAGCACCCAGUCCCACCGAUAAACAGCAAUAAUGCCGUUUUAAUUGCAAAGAGCCGCUCUGAAUGGAGCCGGUGGCGGCGCUGUGUCGGGAUGAUGAAGCAGGGCGGCCCAAAAAGUUCCCUCACCGAGCCUUCGUUUGCAUCGGUCUCUCAAUAACUCAUUGCGUGUUGACAGAGGAGUUUGUGUUUGUGCGAUGGAGGACUCCCCCCCCCCGUUAUUUCCUCUGUGUGAGAACAAGAUUGGAAAACAUUAUUUUAAACACACACACCUGCACACGGAGGCUCUCGAGGGGCUUCUGUUGGCCGCAGGUGUGAAAUGAGUCGACGCACACACACACACACACAAACACACACACACGAAGGCAGGGACAACAACCCCGCGACCAGAGUCACAUGGUGAGCUACACGCUGUCGUGGCACAUGGGGAGAAAUUGCUGUUUGGCUGGUUUUCUAUUUGGGUCGAUGGGCCGUGCUGAGAUUAAAUGGCGCCGUGAUUGAUGACCCGGGCGCGUGGCGCCGGGCGCGUGUGGUUCCGUGCGGGUCCGAGAGCUACUGAGUGAAUGCAAACGUAGCAAAGCGGUCGGGUGAUAUAGUGUCGCUUAUUUGCUGAUGGGGCACAUUUUCGGCCCCCUCCAGCCUGGUCUUGGAAGUGUUAUCGUCCUUUAAUGGGGGGGGGGGGGAUUUAUAUCCACAUGUAUUUGUAUGUGUUGUUUUGAUGAAGUGGCCUCAUAGACCACUGUAGGUUUUGUCAAUUUCAAACCGAUGUCUUUUUGCUAUCAGGAAAAAUUGCUCCACUUUACAUCCAUAAAUCAUGAACAACAUUCAUUCGAGACUAAUUUAAAGCGUCUCUGUGAGCAGAAAGCGGCGCAACACAAAGACGAAUCCUGAUGCUGCAGCAUGCUGUACGUCUCUUAAUAUCUAACCACCACAAUGAUUCUAUUGGCCUGCAGCAUUAUGAAUAAUGUGUGUUCCUGCUCUGCGAGUUUCUUCCAUUGCCUGCCCCCAUGAAGAUUGAUGCUGGUUUCGUUCUCUCUCUCUCUCUCUCUCUCUCUCCAGAGGAGAUCUUCCAGUCCCACAUCGCCCAUUGGUGGUCUCCGGACGGCGCCAGGCUCGCCUACGCCACCAUCAACGACAGCCUGGUGCCCAGGAUGGAGCUGCCCAUGUUCACGGGCACGCCGUACCCGGUGGGGAAAGAGUACCACUACCCUAAGGCCGGCGAGGAGAACCCAGUCAUCACUCUCUACGUGGUGAACCUUAACGGCCCCCUUCACACCAUCGAGAUGAGGAGGCCCGACGAUCCCCGGAUGAGUGAGUAUUACGUAACCAUGGUGAAAUGGGCCACCACCACCAAACUGGCCAUCAACUGGCUGAACAGAGCCCAGAACAUCUCCAUACUCACGCUGUGCGAGGCCACAACGGGGGUCUGCACAAAGAAACACGAGGAUGAGAGUGAAGGAUGGCUCCACAGACAGAACGAGAAGCCUCUGUUUUCCAAAGACGGGUUGAAGCUCUUCUUCACCCGCGCCAUUCCGCAAGGAGGCCGGGGCAAGUUCUUCCACAUCUCCAUGUCCGUCUCCCAGCCCAACACCAGCACGGACACCCUGCAGUCCAUCACAUCGGGGGACUGGGACGUCACCCAGGUCCUCGCCUACAACGAGGACAGCCAGUUGAUAUACUUCUUGAGCACAGAGGACGGUCCCAAGCGAAGGCACCUGUACAGCGCGGACACCUUCGGCUCCUUCAACCGCCGCUGUCUGUCCUGCGCCUUGUCCGACAGCUGCGACUACAUCAGCGGCUCCUUCAGCCACAACAUGAGCUUCUUCCUGCUCAGCUGCCAAGGGCGGGACGUCCCGUUCGCAGCCGUUUACAAAACGCAGAGAGACGGGGACAGUGAGACGCAGGACGGCGAGAGCAUCACAUUAGUACAUAAACUGGAGAGCAAUGAGAACCUGAGGCUCACCCUGGACUCCAUGCAGAUGCCGACCGUGGAGUACAAGGAGAUCAACAUAGAGGACUACACCCUGUCGAUGCAGAUCCUAAAACCCGCCGGCUUUGUGGACACAGCUUACUACCCGCUGCUUCUGCUCGUCGACGGGAGCCCCGGGGGUCAGACGGUGGCGGAGCGGUUCCACGUGGACUGGGCCACGGCGCUGGUCAGCAGCUUCGGCGCCGUGGUGGCGCGCUGCGACGGGCGCGGCGCCGGCUUCCAGGGCACCAACCUGCUGCAGCGGGUCCAGAAGCGCCUGGGGCAGGACGAGGAACAGGACCAGAGGAAAGCCCUCGAGUUUCUCAUGAAAGAAACCUACAUCGAUAAGACCCGGGUUGGAGCUUUUGGGAAGGUGUAUGGCGGCUAUGUGACCAGCCUGCUGGUCAGUGGCAACGAAUCCCCGGUGAAGUGCGGCGCCGUCCUCUCCCCCAUCACCGACUUUGAGCUCUACGCGUCGGCGUUCUCGGAGCGAUACCUGGGGCUUCCGAAACCCGAUCCGAGGGCCUACACCACGGCAAAUCUAGCACACAGAGCGUCUCAGUUCAUGGACAAGAAGUUCCUCAUUAUUCACCCAACAGCUGACGAAAAGGUCCAUUUCCAACACACAGCAAAGUUCAUCGCCCAGCUCAUCAACGAGAAGGCCAACUACACCUUACAGAUCUACCCCGACGAAGGCCACUUCAUCCACAGCGCGGCCACCAGGCAGCACCUCAGCCAGUCCCUGGUGAACUUCUUCGAGGAGUGCUUCAGGCUACCGGAGCAGGUGUUCGAGGAGGCCCUGGAGGAGGAGAGUGAAGACGAGGGUUAGCAGGGGGGGGGGGGCCUCCUGGGCCCCACCGACCCGUCCUCCAUCACACACACUGACACGCGGCGGUACAAAAGACGCGCAACUCCUCCCGUCUGUGUUUUUGCUCAACUUGCAUUUCGUCCGCAUGCCGUCCCUGAGACUGCCUUUCCAGCAGACCCACCUCCAUCUUCACCACCCCCCCCCCCCCCCCCCCCCCCCAAGUUCAGAGGCCAGUGACCCUCUGCAGCCGGGCGGACCGGCUCCUUGAAAGCAGCUUUCCACACAAACGUCGAACUCGUGACGACGCAGGAGAUGUUACUAUUUUUAAAGUUCUGAAGAGCCUUCAUGUUGGAUUGUGGUUGUGUCGGUUGUUGCGUGUGCGUAAAAAGCAGAAAUACACGCUGAAAUUAUGGAUCUUUUUCUUUUGCCGCCGCCCCCCCCCCCCCCCUCGAUGUUCAUCUCGUAGCCUCGACUCGUGUGUAUCAGUGACGCAGAUGGAAUUCACUUGCCUACGGUUUUAUUGUGACGCUCGUUUCAUCAAGUGUUUUAGUCACUGUGCCUUACUUUGUCAGAAGGAAAUCCUGCAGCUGCAAACAGACAAGAAGAAGAAGAAUGGGGACAAAAACAGGAACAUUUACUGGUUCUGACCUGGACUGUACAGGAGCAAUCAGUUGUUUUUAAGCUCAGUGUUGUCAUCUAACUCAAAGCAAGAAAGCACAUUCCCUAAAAUGGCAGCAAUUAUUGUAAACAUAUGGCUUGAAAGUUUUUGUUUUUUUUACUCUAUUUGGGUAGCUGAAGGGAGUUUCACAAAUAAGCUAACUGCAUGCUUUAUGUUUAAGAACAGUCCACCAGGUGGAGGAAACUGAAGAGUGUUUUUAAUAAAUCACUAAACACAUGAUUCAAGGCAGGAGCCAUUAGAAGUGUUACACCCUGCAAAGUUAUGCAUUUACGUUUCAUCUCCUUUUACUGAUUUGAAUGAGUUUCAGUGCAUGUUCACGCGUUCCUGAUAGCUCAGCGCCACUUUGACAUCUUGAAUGUUCCCCACUGGACUGCAUUUAAUGACAUAUACAUAUUGUGAUUGAGAUCCAUGUCUCGUCAGCUUGAUGUGUAAAUGUUAUUCAAAUAUCAUUUUAUUCUAAAUAGAAAAAAAAUUAAUGUCGAGUGUUAUUUGUGCAUAAAGCAUUUUGGAAGUUA